AUGUCACCAUCACUUGAGUUUUACGAAGAUGUCGCUCGUUCGCUGCCAGUCAAGCCUAUUGCAGCGGAAAUCAACGGCGUUACGAGCAUCUUGGGUCUUCAACUGGAGGAGGCGGACAAACAUGACCUCGUCUUGCGAUACUUCCGUGCUUUUAUCGCGGAUCUGUGUGAGCAGUUCAAGGGUGGGCAUCCUGGUUCCGCCAUGGGCAUGGCGGCCAUUGGGAUUGCGCUUUAUAAGUAUGUCAUGAAGUUCUCUCCCAGGAACUGCAAUUACUUCAACAGGGACAGAUUCGUCCUGUCUAAUGGCAUGUUGACUCCGUUCUAUUCAAAGCCCGCCCUCCACUAA